CCAUCACAAGACGUUUGAGGGAUUCUCAGGUGAAUUCUGACUACACUCGCAACAGGACCAGGGGAUUUCUGAAAAGAUCUCAUGAGUCAUCCAGUGAUACAAGCCCUGAAAAAUCUUUAGUUCCAAAGUCUCUGGCCCGCAAAGUUAAGAUGGUGAAUAAAGAAGUUGUGCUUCCCAAACAGAAGUGUGGAAGACUGCAAAAGAGAAAGCAUGAGGAGUGUGCCCCUAAAAAUCCUGCUGUCGCUGAAAAUGAGAGCCACAAUGGAGAAGGUCCGCAAAUUAACAAGGAUUUGCCAAAGGAGGAUUCAGAUAAGGGAGACAAAGCAAAGAUAAGGUGCAUAAAAAGGAGGGGAAAUAGAAGUACAGAAGUGAAGACAAUUCCGCUGAAGACCAUAAUCACUGAGAGCACUGGCAAGUCUGACACAAACAAUAAUGACAUAAGCCCAGCCUUAAGAAGCAUUGGGACAAGAAGGAGGCCACAAAUGAUCACUCUGAAGGGGUCUCAAAAGCUUAUCGGCUUGCAUCACUGUAAAACACGAAAGUCAAAAGAAAACCUGGAGACCAAAGGAACUGUAAGAGAUGCAGAAAGUGAAGGGGCAGCUAGUAGAGAGAGCACAUUUCAAGAAUCAACUGGGGAGAUGACAACUGUCACACACAUUGCUCAUCCUCAGGACGGGGACGGAGGUGUAGAAUCCCCCAUUGUCGUCAGUGUCCUGGUUGAUGAAAAUCACAGCCAUAUUUACAACAAAGAAGAAGAGACAACACGGCGAAAUGACACAGUCAGCUCAACUAGUGAGACCAUUUUGUUUGGUGAUGAACCGGUGUUGUCCUUUGAAGACGUGACCAAGUUAGCAGCUGAGACGGAGCAGCCUCUGAAGAGUUCUGCUGAAGGAAAAACCUGUGAUGCAGGGGUGUUGAAUACAGCAAAGCAGACGGAUGUAAAAAAGACAGGCUUGUCUCACAAUGACACUCAUCCUCAAGAAAACAAAUUGGUGUCAGACCACAACUUCUGCCCUCAGAUCCCUGAGAGAACUGGUCCACCUUUGUGGGAAACUGGUGGGAUCAGCGGGACCCCAGGCUGUGGUCAAGAAGCAGACGAGGAAGUAGAGGUAGAUGUUCUGCUUUGCUCCCCAGACAUGAUAGCUGAGACAGAAGAGUGUGAGCAUGGACAUAACCUGAAAAUAAAUCUGGAUAAUGAGGAGGAAGAAGAUAUGAGCGAGAUUGAUGUGACUGGAGAUGAUGGCAUAGUUUUAUACCAUGUUGUGUGAGUAGUUCUGCACUGUGAUGUGCCAAGCCUGACAUUCUCUUUGUUCUGGUUUUAUGAAUGUUCAUAGAGAUGCCAGAUGAAGUUCAGUGUGUGGGGAAGUUAUGAUGUAAUAGAUUUGUAUAUCCUUUGUUUUCUGUUGCUUUUCUUCAUCAUCGGUGUCUGGCGAUUGCAAGCUAUGUUCAAGUAACACAUUUACAGUAUUCACUUCGUUCAAUGUCCAAGGUUUAGAUGCUUGUUUAAUAUUCAUUAAUAUGCUAAAGUAAGUCUGGGAAAAGAGUUCAUAAUGUUCUUUACAUUUACCAUUUAUCAAAUUUAUUUUACAUUUUUGUGAAAUUUAAAUUCUGACUGUAUAAGGUAAAAGCACUUAAGGCAUUGUCCUUUCCAAGUAACACUUGUAGAAAAUAAGCCUUAUUUUGAGCCUGUAUAGUGCAUUGUUUUAUUUAAAAUGUGUAAUUAUGGUUAAUUAAAAACAGUCAUUUCAUUCAACU